CGGCGGAUUGGGAACAAGCGCAUCGACAGCACGCUUGAGGUGGGGGAGCUGCUUGCGGGCUGGUAGGUCCGGCAACUCCCUCUGGGAGGCUCACAGAGGCAGACGGGUGGCUACUGGGAGCCGAGCGGGUCAGAGCUGCCGGCAGUCCCAGCGGAUCUGUGAAGGAGGUCGGUGUUCCCAGAGGGCGCCAGUCAGUUUUAAGAAAAAGUAGAAAUCACUUCCUCCUGUACUGAAUAUUGCAAAAAUCAAGCGGCUUCCUACACUGCUCAUUAUGGCACUGCCAUUCCAGAAGGACUUAGAGAAGUACAAGGACCUUGAUGAAGAUGAGCUCCUUGGCAGUCUGUCAGAAAUAGAACUGAAGCAACUGGAAACUGUUCUCGAUGAUCUUGACCCAGAGAAUGCCCUUCUGCCUGCAGGGUUCCGACAGAAGAACCAGACAUCAAAGUCUGCCACGGGACCAUUUGAUAGAGAACACCUCCUUUCAUAUCUGGAGAAGGAAGCAUUGGAGCAUAAGGACAGGGAAGACUAUGUGCCCUACACUGGAGAAAAAAAAGGGAAAAUAUUUAUCCCUAAACAGAAACCUGUACAGACUUUUGCAGAAGAAAAAGUAUCUCUUGAUCCAGAAUUAGAAGAAGCUUUGACGGGUGCUUCUGAUACAGAGUUGUGUGAUCUUGCAGCUAUUCUUGGGAUGCACAAUUUGAUAACAAAUACACAGUUCUGUAAUAUAGUGGGAAGUAGUAAUGGUGUCGACCCAGAACAUUUUUCAAAUGUGGUAAAAGGUGAAAAGAUUCUUCCAGUAUUUGAUGAACCACCAAAUCCAACCAAUGUUGAAGAGAGUUUAAAGAGAAUGAAGGAAAAUGAUGCUCGUCUUGUUGAAAUUAAUUUGAAUAAUAUAAAGAAUAUCCCAAUUCCCACCCUAAAAGAUUUUGCCAAGGCUUUGGAAACCAACACUCAUGUGAAAUAUUUCAGUCUUGCAGCCACCCGGAGCAAUGACCCUGUUGCUAUUGCUUUUGCAGAUAUGCUGAAAGUGAACAAAACUUUGAAGAGUUUAAAUAUGGAGUCCAACUUUAUUACGGGAGCUGGAAUUCUAGCACUGCUUGAUGCUCUAAGAGAUAAUGAAACCCUGGCAGAGCUCAAGAUCGACAACCAGAGGCAGCAGUUGGGGACAGCUGUAGAAUUGGAAAUGGCCAAGAUGCUUGAGGGAAAUACAAAUAUCCUUAAAUUUGGAUAUCAGUUUACACAGCAGGGACCCCGAACAAGGGCAGCGGAUGCUAUAACAAAAAACAACGACUUGGUUCGCAAGAGACGAAUUGAAGGAGACCACCAGUAAGUCGGCCGGGAUAUAAUCUUUGGAAGACUUCAGAAGAUCGCAAGGGCUUAUAGCAGAUAUAAAAUUUUCCUGGGUAGAAGGGAAAAGACUGGAAGCUUUUUUUUUAACUAUAUGUAUCUUUAUUCUAGUUGUUACCAAUUUCAAAUAGUAAAAUCAAUAGCAGGUGAUCUGUUACAUUUUUAAAAAUUAUUUCAACUUUCUGCUAAAAUCAAUUUUAGCUAAAUUGAAUAGCUUAUGAUGAAUCUUGGGUAAAAAUAUGCAGUUGUAAAAAAGUUUCAGAAGUCAUUUAUGUAGAAGAAUUUGAACAUUUUGAGGACCGAUCUUUUUUAAAUCAAAAAGGGACACUGCUGAUACCAAAAUUGCUGUUUCUCUUUUUAGGUGUGAAGUACCUAAAAGCUUUCCUUUAUCUGUGACCUGGAGAAUUUUCUACUUUGUAAAAUAUGUGAACUUGGCAAGGGUGUUCAAGAGAACAAAAUGCCAGGAUUAAAAAAAAAAAAAAAGCAUUGCCUUCGAGUUGAUUUUGACUCAUAGCAACCCUAUAGGACAGAGUAGAACUGCCCCGUAGGGUUUACAAGCCUGUAAUCUUUACAGAAGCAGACUGUCAAAUCUUUCUCCCACAGAGCGGCUGGUGGGUUUGAGCCAUCAACCUUGUGGUUAGCAGCUGAGCGCUUAACUACUGUGCCACAGGGCUCCUCGGAUUUUAAAACAGAUGGCUUAAAAUAUGGUCAUGUUUAACUGCAGAAGCAGGCCUCAAGAGGGAGAAAACAGUCUUCAAUGCAGUCCAGGUCACUGUACUUACCUGAUAGGUCUCAGCAACACCUAGAUUUUUUUUUUUUUUUUUAAAUCUAAGUCAUCAGCUUUGCCAGGUUACAUACUUUGUUUAGAAGUAUGGUUAUGUCUAACUUUAUUACAGUUUUUCAUUUUGAUAAUGUGGGCAUUACUAAAUUUUAUGAAAGCUAAUAGUAAAAAGUAUCUGAGUAGAAAGCUAUUUUCUUCCCUGUAAAAAAGGCAUACAGCCAACUCUUAUUUAGGGUGAAAAAAGAAAGCUAUUGUUAAAAACAUCAAAUCAAAGAUAAUAAACGUGGUAGAGUUUUCUGAGAAGCUUACAAAAAGGUCAUUUAAACUGGUUACUGUAAGUAAGUUAGAAACUGGUGUGUGUAUACAUUACCUACUGUUGCACAGUGUAGUGGGAAUUUCCUACAUGCAGUGCAGAAUUGGAGAAACAGUAUGUAAUCACUACUACAAAUUUUCCAACCAAUAAGGAAAACUGCUGUUCUUCACAAGUCUGAUUUUUAAUAUGUUUCCUUUCAACUUGUAUAUUUUUAUCCAUAUUGUGUAAAAGUAAUUCCUUAUAACGAAAAUAGCUUUCCUGUUGCCAAAGUAUUAAAGGAAACAAUUCAACAGAGUUCUGUGGUGGGAAGACCAUUAUGAGACUCCAGAAUCCGUGCUAUCAUGGAGGGUUCAGACUUGUAUCCAAGCCCCAUCUCAGGGCAGCCUUUGAAGCAGGAGAUGGCCGAGGCACUUACAGCUGAAAAAGAUAGGGAGGAAAGGAAUCUGAGUAAUCCUGGCUUCAGAGAUUCAGGCCUGGCUGGAUCACUUACAGAGAUUUUUUUUUAGAGAAUCUGGUUUUAGAGUGGGGGCAGUAGUUCGUUGUUAAUUUUUUUUUUAACUUUCUGAAAUUGAAUUACAAAAUGUCUGCUACUCCAGCUUGGGCUGGACAGUUUAUCUAAUGAUUGAGGCAGCUUCUUGUGCUCUCUGGGAAUACGCCUGCUGAACAAGCUACAGUUUCCCUCAUCACAACUGUGGUGUGUGUGUUUGUUUGAAUCAGUAUCCAGUGUUUUAAAGGGGCCAAAGCUUAACUUCACACUGUUCCUUUCAGUUGUAGGCCGCUGACUUUUUUUUCCAAGUUAUAGAAGCUCUUUUUACUUUCCUUUUUUUUUUAUGGACAACUUUUGAAUUGUACUUGAUCUUAGAGAUGGCACAGUUCUGAAAGGGUUGGGAGUCAGACAUGGAGCAGCAGCUCUGUGAGGACACUAGGCAAAGUUGUCACACUUUCAGCCAGGCUUCCUUGCUCGCAUUGUCCUAUAACUCAUUAAAUUGAUAAGUGUGUUCCCCUCCCCCCAUACUUUUUUUUUCAAUAUAGGUAGAUGGGACCCUGCCUGAAACUUUGUAUCAUAUUUAUGGGAAAUAUCUUUUCUCAAAAUAUGAGAAAGUUAAAUAUAUGAUUGAUGAAAACAUUUCUUCAUAAAUAAUUUUAAAGAUGAACAUUCAUCCAAUUAAAUAUAGAAAAUCUUGCAAGGGUUGUAAUUAUAAAGCAGAAAAAUGAUGUUUACUUUGAUCUUUAAAAAUCUGGUACCUCUUUACCUUUUAGGAACCUUCAGUAUUUUAUCUUGCUCUGAAAUUUUGUAACAGAAUAAAAAGAGUAUGCUUUUGAAAUAGUCUUGAUUAUUAAACCAAAGAUUUUCUAAGACCUUGAGAUUUGUAGUCUAAUGAAUUUAAACUUACCUGGUUAUGGAAACUCUGGUGGCUUAGUGGUUAAGAGCUAUGGCUGCUAUCCAAAAGGUUGGCAGUUUGAAUCCCCCAGGUGCUCCUUGGAAACCAUAUGGGGCAGUUCUACUCUGUCCUAUAGGGUCACUGUGAGUAGGAAUCAACGGCAAUGAGUUUUUUUUUUUUUCUUGGUCAUCUAAAAGAAUACUCUUUGCAUUUUUAAAUUGCUGUUUUUUAAAAAAGCUUUUAAUUACCCAUUUUAUAAAAUUUUAUAUCCAGACUUAUCUAAAGUUCUGAUUUUUCCAUUAUGUCAUCGUGAAAUCGUAUGUGUUAAAAAUCCAAUAUUAAUGGCUAAUAUUGAUAUUAUUAAAAUGGAUUUUGGUGCUAUAUGGUUGUAGUUAAAGCCUAGUAGAAGUCUACUCAUAAAAAUGUCCCAUAGAGUUUCCGAGGAGCGGCUGGUAGAUUCAAACUGCAGACCUUUUGGUUAGCAGCCGAGCUUUUAGCCCCUGAGCCACCAGGGCUCCAGUAGAAGUCUACAGUAUAGGUGAAAUACAUUUUCUAAGCAUGCCUGUCAUUUAAAAGACCAAAUAAACAUUUCAUGUUAAAUAAAUUAGCAGAUUGUUAGAGAGUUUAAAGGAGCAUUAUCUUGGUCAUUCAGUUGCAAAUUCUCAUUACUUGAGUAAGAGCACCCACAUGCUUGCUUUGUGUGAAUGGUGCACUCUGGAAAUGUUACCUGUAAAUAGAACAUUGUAAAAUGUUUUCUCAUUGACCAAGUAUCUGAUGUGUUUUCAUUUUAAAAGGGAAUUUGGUUAUAUGAUAAAAAUUAUAAAAGAAAAAAAGUUUCAAUAAAAUGUUAUUCAUGCUCCACUGUACUUAAAUAAGAUGAAAGAACUCAUGGGGUUUCAUAGAAUCUUAUAUUUUGGGCUCUGUGUGUUUACAUAGUUGCCCCACUUUUUCCCUAUAAAAUUAGGAACCACUGUUCCCUCCUGGCAGAUCCAAGAUUGUGCUUUCUCUGGAGUCCAUAGCUACUUCCAUUCUUUACAAGUUCCAUACAGGCUGACUCUGCUCCUUUAUUACUGGCCACUUCACUUUGAAUAAGGAGCCCUAGUGGCAGAGUGAUUAAAAGCGCUCAGCUGCUACCUGAAAGAUCAGUGGUUCCAAUCCACGAGCCACUUAGUGGGAGAAAGACGUGGUAGUCUGUUUCCAUAAAUAUUACAGCUUUGGAAACCCUAGUGGACAGUUCUACUCUGUCCUUUAGGAUCACUAUGGGUCAAAAUUAAUGCAGCGGCAGUGGGUUCACUUUUGAAUAAAUUGACUAAAAACACAGCUCCCAAGAGAACAGAGCACAUGGAUGUAUCAGGGAGCAUAUCUGUGAUUCCUUCCAGACAAGUGGCAUGAAGUCUUGGGUCUACACAUCUACACAACUGCCUCAUACAGUGUUCAAAAUUACAAGUAUGAAUUCAGGGUGUCAGCAGGGCCAGGCUGUCUGUGAAGGCUCUAGGGGAAGGUCCUUCCUUGUCUCUUCCAGUUUCUGGCAGCCACAGGCGUUACUUGGCUCCUGAUAAUGUAACUCCAAUCUCUGCCACCAUCUUCCCUCUGUGUCUCAUCUGUUUUUACAAGGACACCAGUUACAUUGAAUUAGAGCCCACCAUGCUCCAGUAUGACCUCGUAUUAACUGAUUAUGUCUGCAGAGACCCUAUUCCCAGAUAAGUCCACAUUCACAGGUACUGGGGGUACUUGAACAUAUGUUUUGGGGGGAUACAAUCAACCCACAGCACUAAGUAUUUCAGAAAGCCUUUAUUGACAAAGAAUUUUAUUUAGGACACCUACUGUAGUGGCUAGAGCCAACAUGGCACUAAAGACAGAAGCAUCACGUUGUCCUUCUGCAGCAAAGACCUGAAAAACUAAGUGAAACAGAUAAAACCUCAAUCCUGGAACCCUAACCACUAAAUAAAGGAAUAAACUCAUUCAAGCACCAAAUGGAGUAAGACACUGACAGCACAGAGAACAAGGAGAGCUAUAGAGUGGAGGUCACUUACCGGCUAAUGUGGCCAGAUUCACCAUCUUGGACUACAGCCACCAAAGAACACAGGGAAAACGGGAAGCCAACUUCAUGGAGCUGCCAGCAGGAGACAGGGCAUCCAAUGACCAGGGAUACACACUUUCCCACCCCGCACCCUUUUCCCCUGUACACAGCCUCUGCUGCUUCCCAACAGUCCACAGUUGCUCGGCCAGAGAGACGCCAGCUUUUUGCCACCAGAGUCUGCCCCACCCCCACCAGCUGGCCUCUUCAGCACCACUUUUGGUUGGUUGGUUGGUUUUUUUGAUAUUGUUUUUUGGCUUUUUUUGUUGCUUUCUCUCUCCCUUUCCUUUCUCCUGCCCAGCUAGCCCUGUGUGCCAUCCUCUCCCCUUCUUGAUAGGCUGUGAUUUUUUUUUUUUUUUUCCAAUUUCUUCUCUGUCUCUCCUUUCCUUUCUCGCACCCAUCCAGCCCUUCUGAUUGGAGAGUCACUACGCAUGGCCUCCCCGGGUCUGUGCUGUCACUGAUCGGCUCCCUCAGCACCAUUGUUUGUUUGGUUUUUUGUUAUUGUUUCUUCUGUCUUCCUUUCCUUUCUCCCAUCCACCCAGCCCUGUGCACCACCCCCAACUUCUUGCAUGGCUGUGCUGUACCGCUCAGCUGGAAAUCCUCUGGCACACAGCCUCACCGGGUCUGUGCUGCUCCCACAGCCCAGUUCCCUCAGUGAUGUAUUUUUUAUCUUUCUCCUUUUCCUUCCCACCUAGGCCAGACGCUGCCUCUGCCCCUUCCUGACAGGCUGUGCUGUGCCACCUGUUGAGAGAGACAUCAACUCGCCACCACCCCAAUUCUGCCCCACCCCCAACAGCCAGUUCCACAACCACUAUAUAUUUUUUUUGUGGUUGCUGUUUUUAUUUUUUGUUCUCUCUUUUUCCCCUCUUUAAUUUCUCCUGCCCACCUAGCCCUGUGCGCCAACCAUGCCCCUCCUCAACAAGCCAGUCUACGCCACUCUGCUAGAGAGCCACCAGCACAGGGCUCACUGAGUCUGCCCUGCCCCCAUCUGCUGAAUACAACUGUGCUGCUUCUUUACUUUUUUCCUCUUAUUUUUAUUUAUAUGACUUCAUUCAUUGCUUUUUUUCCAUUUGUUUUGCUUUUGUUUUCUUUCACCCAGCCACUUAACUCUGCACAGCACAUUCUUUCCUUUCACUCCUGCCUAUGUACACCAAGUGCCACACCCCCGAGAGGUACCAACUCAGUCCCCCGGAUCCUGCCCUGCACUGCCCCCCAGCCUUGCCCCAUUACCCCCAGUUCAUGCUGCAAUCUACCCAUCCCCACCACUCCACCCCCCUGGACCUGCCCUGCAGCACAAUAGCUGAGUGACCAGCCCUGAUCACCUGGUCAUGGUGAUGAGAAGUAUCAUGCAUACAGGCGAGUAAGCAACAAAACACGUCCAGUCCGCCUGCCCAGCUAUAACCAAAUAAAAAAGUAGGAUGAAAAAAAUCUAUAAUCAAUAAAGUAAUUCCUGCAUGUCUGGAGACAGACAAUCCCUAUCAAAACAAAAAAUAGGAGAGGGUGGCUCCGAAAAGCGACCAAAUAAAACAACAGAUAACCUUCUGCUAGAAGAAAAGGCACUGGAACUACCUGAUAAGGAAUUCAAAACUCUAAUAUUCAGGAUUCUCCAACAGAUGAAGGAAAAUGAAGGCAAAAAUAAGGAAAAAAAUAGACAAGAUCAUGGAAAAGACAGACAAAACAAUGGAAGAAUUCAGGAAAGUAAUACAGGAAAUAUCAAACAACUAGGACUCAAACAAAAACAGCAAUUAGAAAUCCAAAAGAUAACAUUAUAGAAAUGGACAGUGCCAUAGACAGUUAUAGGAGCAAAUUUGAAACAACAGAAGACAGGAUCAAUGAAGUUGAAGACAAAUCCUUGGAUACCAUUUUGAGGGAAAAUGAGAGAAAAGAAUGAAGAAAAAUGAAGAAACCCUGAGAGCAAUGUGGGAUACAAUCAAAAGAAAUUUGCAUGUGAUUAGAGUUCCAGAACAGGGAGAAAAUGGAAAACACAGAGAGGAUCACUGAAGAUUUGCUGACAGAAAACUUCCCUAAUGUCAUGAAAGAUGAAAAGCUGACCAUCCAAGAAGCUUAACAAACCCCAUAUAGGAUAGACCCGAAAAGAAAAACACCAAGUCAUGUAGUCACACUCACUAAAACCAAAGACAAAGAAAGAAUCCUGAAAGCAGCUUGAGAAAAACAAAAAGUCACAUACAAAAGAGAAUAAGACUAAGCUCUGAUUACUCAGCAGAAACCAUGCAGGCAAGAAGGCAAUGGAUGACAUAUAUAAAAUCUUGAAAGAGAAAAAACUGCCAACCAAGAAUAAAUAUAUCCUGAAAACUCUUGUUGAAAUAGGGUGGUGAAAUUAGGACAUUUCCAGAUGAACAGAAAUUAAGGGAAUAUGUAAAAACCAAGCCAAACUUACAAGAAUUAUUAAAGGGAGUCCUUCAGUUAGAGAACCAACAACAUUAGACAACAACCUGAAUCUAGCACGUAAGACAGCAUCAGCCAGAUACCAACCUGGUAAUGAACUCUCAAGGAUAAACAAAACUAAAAAAUUUACAACAGGGAACCAGAGAGGUCAAUCUAUAAACAGUAACGAUGUCAGAACAAUAAAAGGAAAUAAACAGUGUAGGUAUACAACUUUCAAAUGGAGAGGAAGUCAAGGCAUCAUCAAGUAAUAAAAGACUGGUUUAAACUUAGGAAAAAAAAAAAAGAUGGGUAUAUUUCAAGGUAACCAUGAAGAAAGUUAACAAACCUACUCACCAAAAUAAGAAAAACAAAGUCUCAGUAAACACAAAAUCUACAAAAACAACGUGAUGGUUAAGAUUGUGUGUCAACUUGGCUGGACCAUGACUCUCAGUGUUUUGGCAGUUGUAUAAUGUUGUGAUCAAUUCCCUGUUGAAAUUUGAUAUGUGAUCACACCUGUGAUAGAAUCUGCUGUGGCGACUCACUGCCCCUUCAGCCUUCAUCUCUCCACCCUCUACCAUCUACUUCCUUCCUGCUCACCUUGCCAAGGUUUUUGGCUUGUUCUGGAUCCAGCAGCUGCCUUUUUUCUGACCUCGUUCUUGGGACUUGAGCUAGCAGCUUACUUUUUGAUCUUGGAAUUCCUCGACCUUCACAGCUUGUGAGUGGGGGCCCUGCUCUCCAACCUGCUGAUCUUGGGUUCACCAGCUUCUAUGGCUGCAUGAAUUGGGAGAGGCCUCUAUCCUGAUCCAUGGACUUGGAACGUUCCAACCUCUACAAUCAUGUGAGCUGUUUUCUUGAUAUAAAUCUGUCUGUCUGUCUGUCUGUCUACCUACCUACCUACCUACCUAUGCUUUACUGGUGUUGCUUCUCUGGAUAACCCAGCCUAAGACAUUUGGUACCGAGAGGGGAGUCUAGAGAAAUAAAAUUGUAAGGAUGAGUUUUCUCAAUUGGCUCUCAAGUCAUUAAUCUUAAAGAUGUUGAUGACACUGUUUCCAGCAGUAAAGAGGGCACUGCUAAUCCAUAGCAUCAGGAGGUGAUACGAAUACACAAAGUAUCACCACCGGUAGAUCAGGUAUUGGUGAAAGGCAAGGCUCUGGGUGAGCACAUGUGUGAUAUCUCUCUACAGUUUUGUCAGAAUGAGAAGGAUAAGGAAGCUGGUUGGUUGGUCCUACUUUCACUAGACAAACUGGUGGAAAGAAAGAGAUGUGCUCAGGGCUUCAGAGUCAGAGCUCACGUGCUGCAUAAACAACCUCAAAGCUUCCACUUGUGCUUUGAAAGAAAGCCUUAUUUCUUAUAGUAACAGAGCUGAUUUUGCCAAAAACCAAACCCACACUUUUAUUGUAAGAGUAGCUGAAUUACAAUGCCAGCUCAAUUGCCAACCUCAAGAGGCAUCUGAAGUUAAAUGAGAGCACUGAUUGAGAAGAAAUGGGAUCCUGAAACUUGGGAGGGGAUAUAUGGGCAGAUAAUCAGGAAGCUGGAGACACUGAGCCCCUAAAUUCCAUUGAAUCACUCCUGCUGACAAAACCACUCCCAUCUGAAGAGAUUACUUCAUAUUUGUCUGCUAAACAAUCCUGCCCAGAAAAACCAUUAGCCCCUCCACUUCCAUCUAAUGAGAUUAGCCCUAGCGCAGCUGCCUCUAAAGACCCCUUGCCUGAGUCAUUGGCUGGGGCAUCACCUGAGGUAUGUGCUUUACAAGACAAUGCUGAAUGUUCUCAAAACAAUUCCACAGUACUGAUUCUGGCUUCUAGACCUAUAACUUAAGUUCCAUCAAGCCCCAAAAGGUGAAGUACAAAGUGUGACCCAGGAGGAGGCAUGCUACUCUCCAAAAGAACUACUUGAAUUUUCUAAUAUGUACAAACAGAAACCUGAGGAAUAUGUGUGUGAAGGGCUACUAAGAAUGUGGGAUAAUGGUGCAAGGAACAUAAAGAUGGAUCAGUCUGUGUUUAUUGAUAUGGGUCCACUAAGCACAGAUUAUUCCUUCAAUGUUUUAGCUCAAGAAGUUAGGAAAGGAUCUAAUAGUUUGUUUGGCUGGGUUGCUGAAGGAUGGAUUACGUGGUGGCCUACACUAAAUCAAGUUGAAAUACCAGACCUGCCUUGGUAUACUGUAGAAGAAUGUAUCCAAAUGCUUAGGGAAAUUGGCAUGCUAGAGUGGGUUUAUCAGGAUAGACCCACAGACCCACACAUGGAGUUCCCAGAGGACACACCUUUUAUCACAACUGUAAGGAACAAAUUUGUGAAGGGAGCUCCAGCAUCCUUGAAGACUGCUGUGAUUGCUAUUUUGUAUAAAUUAGAUUUGACAGUGGGAACUCCCCUAACUGAAUUAAGACACCUAACUACAAUGGGGCUGAUUGGACCCCAUGGUAAGAGGGGCCAAAUGGCUGCACUCAAUCGACAAAGACAAGGUGGGUGUGGUUACAGUAAUGGCCAGUGGAGUCAAAGCAGUAAUCAGAAGAGUUUGACUUGUAUGGACUUAUGGCAUUGGCUACUUAGUAAUGGUGUCCCUAGGAGUGAAAUAGAUGGGAAAUCUAUUAAAUAUUUACUUGAUCUGUACAAACAGAUGAAUUCUAAGUCAGAUGAACAGCAGUCUAACUUGAAUAGCCAGAAUAGAGAGUUACGGUCCCUCAGUCAAUUCCCAGACUUGAUCAAGUUUAAAGACCCACAACCCCUUGAGUGAAGGGGAGGCUUUGUCCCCUUGAGGAAGGACUCCAAUACACUGCCAAAAAUUUAUACUGUUAACCUCUCUCCUAGCCUUCCCCAAAGGGAUCUACAGCCUUUUACAAGAGUGACUUUUCACUGGGGAAAAGGAAUUAAUCAGACUUUUUGGGGAUUACUGGAUACUGGCUCUGAACUGACACUAAUUCCAGAGGACCCAAAAUGUCACUGUGGCCCACCAGUCAGAGUGAGGGCAUAUGGAGGUCAGGUUAUUAAUGGAGUCUUGGCUCAUGUCUAUCUCACAGUAAGUCCAGUGGGUCCCCAAAACCAUCCUGUAGUGAUUUCCUCCAUUCCAGAAUGCAUAAUUAGGGUAGAUAUACUCAGCAACUUGCAGAAUCUCCACAUUAGAUCCCUGAAAAAUGGAGUAAGGGCUAUUAUGGUAGCAAAAGCCAAGUAGAAGCAAUUAGAACUGCCUCUAUCUAGGAAAAUAGUAAACCAAAAGCAAUACCACAUUCCUGGAGGGAUUGCAGAAAUUACUGCCACCAUCAAGGACUUGAAGGAUGCAGGGGUGGUGAUUCCCACCACAUCCCCAUUCAACUCGCCUAUUUGGCCUGUGCAAAAAACAGAUGGAUCUUGGAGAAUGACCAUAGAUUAUUGAAAACUUAUCCAGGCAGUGACUCCAAUUGGAGCUGCUGAUCCGGAUGUAGUUUCAUUGCUUGAGCAAAUUAAUACAUCUCCUGGUACCUGGUAUGCAGCUGUUGAUCUGGCUAAUACCUUUUUCUCCAUACCUGUUUCAAAGGACCACCAGAAGCAGUUUGCCAUCAGCUGGCAAGGCCAACAAUACACCUUCACUUGCCUACCUCAGGGCUACAUUAACUCUCCAGCCCUAUUUCAUAAUUUAGUCCGCAGGGACCUUGAUUGCCUUUCCCUUCCAGAAGAUGUCACACUGGUCCAUUACAUUGAUGACAUUAUGCUGAUUGGACCUAGUAAGGGAGAAAGGAGUUACCAUGCUGGCUGGUGUGAUUGAUCCUGAUUACCAAGAGGAAAUUGGAUUGAUAUUACAUAAUGGAGGUAAAGAAGAGUAUAUCUGGAAUGCAGGAGAUCCCUUAGGGCAUCUCUUAGUACUACCAUGUCCUGCAAUUAAAGUCAAUGGAAAACUACAGCAACCCAUUUCUGACAUGACUACUAAUGGCCCAGACCCUUCAGGAAUGAAGGUCUGGGUCACCUCACCAGGAAAAUAACCACGACCAGCUGAGGUGCUUGCUGAGGGCAAGGGAAUAUAGAAUGGAUGGUAGAAGAAAGUAAUUCUAAAUACAAGUUAUGGCCAUGUGGCCAGUUGCAGAAAUGAGGACCAUAAUUGUUAUGAGUAUUUCUGCUUUUGUUUUCUUUGCUUAUAAAAUACAAGAUGUAAAUGCGGCUAGUGCGUUUUUGGUUGUACAUGUGUUUUAUCAUGUUAGGCACAAGUAUGACUUUUUAAUUGUGUUUAUUCAGAGAUUAUUAUGGUUUGGGGAGAUGAGUACAGGUGCCAAGUUGACAAACGGUGGAUUGUGAUGGAUAAGAUUGUGUGUCAACUUGGCUAGGCCAUCAUUCUCAGCAUUUUGGCAGUUUUAUAAUGUUGUGAUCACUUCCCUGUUGAAAUUUCAUAUGUGAUCACCCCCAUGAUGGAAUCUGCUGAAUGGUACCGGCAAGGGCGGGGUCUGUGGCAGCUCACUGCCUUCACAGCCUUAUCUCUCCUCCCUCCACAUCCUACUUCCUUCCUGCUUGCCUUGCCAAGGUCUUUGGCUUGUUCUGAAUCCAGCAGCUGCCUCUUGUCUGACCUCCGGUUCUUGGGACUUGAGCUAGCAGCUUACCUGUCAAUCUUGGAAGUCCUCGAAAUUUACAGCCUGUGAGCAGGAGCCCUGCUCUCCAAUCUGCUGAUCCUGGGUUCACCAGUUUCUAUGGCUGCGUGAACUGGGAGAGGCCUCUGUCCUAAUCCACAGACUUGGGAUGUUCCAAUCUCUACAACUAUGUGAGCUGUUUCCUUGAUAUAAAUCUCUCUGUAUGUAUAUAUAUGUAUUUAUAUGUUUUACUUCUCUAGAGAACUUAGCCUAAGACAAACGAAAAUGAAAAGAAAUCCACAAACAAAAGUAAUUCAGCACAGAAGAGUAAGAGUAACAAAGAAAACAUGAGUACCACAAAAAAAGCACUACAAAAUGACAACAAUAAACUCACAGGUAUCAAUAAUCAAACUGAACAUAAAUGGCUUAAACGCACCCACAAAGAGACAGACAGUGACAGAAUGGGUAAAAAAAAAAAAAAAAAAGAACCCAUCAACAUGCUGUCUGUAGGAGACACACCUUAGAAACAAGACAUAAAUAUAUUAAAAAUCAAAGGAUGGGAAAAAAAUAAGCAAACAGCAACCAAAAAAAGAAGCAGUGGCAAUAAUAAUCUCGGAUGAAAUAGACUUUAAAACAAAAUCCACCAUAAAAUACAAAGAAGGACAUUAUAUAAUGAUUAAAGGGACAAUCCACCAUGAGGAUGAUGUAACCAUAAUAUCUAAGAACCCAAUGACGGAGCUCCUAAAUUCAUAAAACAAACUCUAAUAGCACUGAAAAGAGAAAUUGAUAGUUUACAAUAAUAGUAGGAGACUUCAACACACCACUCUUGGUAAAGGGCAGAACAUCUAGAAAGAACCUCAACCAAUAUACAGGAGAUCUAAAGGCCACAAUCAACCAACUUGACCUCAUAGAUACAUAUAGAACACUCCGCUCAACAGCAGCAAAGUUAACUUUCUUCUCCAACGCACAUGGAACGUUCUUCAGAAUAGACCACAUCUUAGGCCAUGAAGUAACCGUCAACAAAAUCCAAAACAUUAUGAUAAUACAAAGCAUCUUCUGUGAUCACAAUGCAUUAAAAGUAGAAAUUAAUAACAGGUAGAGCAAAAUGGAAACUAAUACCCUGCUUAAAAACCACAGGGUAAUAGAAGAAAUCAAAGAUGGAAUGACAAAAAUUCCUGAAAUCAAAUGAAUGAAAACACAUCAUAUUAAAACCUCCUGGACACAGCAAAGCAGGGCUCAGAGGUCAAUUUAUAGCAAUAGAUGCACACAUCAAAAAAAGGUACCAGAAGAAAGCAAAUAAUAAAAGAUCAGAGCAGAAAUAAAUGAAAAAGAGAAUAGAAAAAAUCAACAGAACAAAUAGUUGAAAUAGUUGGUAUUUUGAAAGGAUCCACAAAAUGGAAAAACCACUGGCCAAACUGACAAAAACAGGAGAGGACACAACCCAAAUGAGAAACAAAAUGGGGGACAUUACAACAGACUCAACUGCAAUAAAAAGGAUCAUAACCAAACUAUGAAAAACUGUACUCUGACAAAUUUGAAAACCUAGAGGAAAUGGACAAAUUUCUAGAAACACACUACCUACCUAAGCUGUCACAAAUUGAGGUCGAAAAUCUGAACAGACCCAUAACAAGAGAUUGAAAAGGUAAUUAAAAAAAAAAAAAAACUCCCAACAAAAAAAAAGCCUUGGUGAAAUUCCUCAACAUAAUAAAGGACAUCUAUACAAAACCAACAGCCAACAUCAUUCUUAAUGGAGAGAGGCUGAGAAUAUUCCCCUUAAGAACAGGAACAAGACAAGUAUGCCCUUUAUCACCACUCCUAUUUAACAUUGUGCUGGAAUUCCUAGCUAGAGAAAUAAGGCAGGAAAAAAGAAUAAAGAGCAUCCAAAUUGGUGAUGAAGAAGUAAAACUGUCCGUAUAUGUGGAUAAUAUGAUACUAUACACAGAAAAUCCAAAAGACUCCAUGAGAAAACUACUGGAACUAAUAAAAAGAUUCAGCAGGGAAGCAGGAUACAAGAUAAACAUACAAAAAUCAGUUGGAUUCCUCUACACCAAUAAAGAGAAUGAUUAAAAGAAAAUGAGGAAAACAAUACCAUUUAUAAUAAAGCUCCUAAAAAAAGAAAAUACUUAGGAAUAAAUCUAGCCAGGUAUGUAAAAGACCUAUACAAAUAAAACUACAAAAGGCUACCACAGGAAACCAAAAGAGAUCUACAUAAAUGGAAAAACAUGCCAUGCUCGUGGAUAGGUAGACUCAACAUUCUGAAAAUGACAAUUCUACCCAAAGCAAUUUACAAAUACAGUGCAACCCUGAUCCAAAUACCAACAGCAUUCUUUAAACGGAUGGAAAAAUUAAUCAUUAGCUUUAGAUGGAAAGGGAAGAGUCCCCAGAUAAGUAAAGCACUAUUGAAGAAGAAUAAGGUAAGAGGACUCAUACUACCGGACCUAAGAACCUACCAUACAGCUACGGUAGUCAAAACAGCCUGGUACUGGUAUGACAGAUACAUUGACAAUGGAACAGAAUUGAGAACCCAGAUGUAAAUCCAUCCACCUCUGGUCACCUGAUCUUCGACAAGGACCCAAAGUCCAUCAAAUUGGAAAAAGAUAGUCUUUUUUAACAAAAACUAAUUCAAAAUUGAUCAAAGACCUAAAUAUAAAGCCAAAACUAUAAAGAUCAUAGAAGAAAAAAUAGAAUCAAUGUUAGAGGCCCUAACACAGCAUUAACAGGAUACAAACCAUAACUAACAACACACAAAGUCCAGAAGAUACUCUAGAUAACUGGGAUCUUCUAAAAAUUUAAACAACGCUCAUCAAAAGACUUCACCAAAAGAGUAAAAAGAGAAGCUACAGACCGGGGAAAAAAUUUUGGCUAUUACAAAUCCAACAAAGUUCUAAUCUCUAAAAUCUACAGAAAAAUCCAACACCUCUACAACAAAAAGAUAAAUAAUCCAAUUUAAAAUGGGCAAACAAAAUGGACACUUCACCAAAGAAGACAUUCCACUGGCUAACAGACAUGAGGAAAUGCUCGUGACCACUAGCCAUUUAAAAAAAGACCAAACCCAUUGCAGUCAAGUCGAUUUCAACUCAUAGUGACCCUAUAGAACAGAGUAGAACUGCCCCAUACGGUUUCCAAGGAGUGCCUGGUGGGUUUGAACUGCCAGCCUUUUGGUUAGCAGGCAUAGCUCUUAACCACUAUGCGAUCAGGGAGAAAUGCAAAUCAAAACCACAAUGAGAUACCAUCUCACUCCAGCAUUACUGGCAUGAAUAAUAAUAAUAAAAAGAAAAUAACAAAUGUUGGAGAGGCUGUGAAGAGACUGGAACUCUUAUCCACUGCUGAUGGAAAUGCAAAAUGAUACAGCCAUUUUGGAAAAUGAUAUGGCACUUCCUUAGAAAGCUGGAAAUAGAAAUACCAUAUGAUCCAGCAAUCCCAGUCUUAGGAAUAUAUUUGAGUCUUCACACGAAGUGAUAUAUGCACACCCAUGUUCAUUGUGGAAACCCUGGUGGCAUAGUAGUUAAGAGCUACAUCUGCUAAUCAAAAGGUAGGCAUCAUUGCAGCAUUGUUCACAAUAGCAAAAAGAUGGAAACAACCUAGAUUCCCAUCAACAGAGGAAUGGAUAAACAAAUUAUGAUAUAUGCAUACAAUGGAGUAUACCCAAGAAUAAAGAACAAUGAUGAAUCUGCAAAGCUUCUCACAACAUGGAUGAAUCUGGAGGGCAUCACGCUGAGUGAAAUAAGUCAAUUACAAAAGGACAGACAUUUUAUGAGGCCACUACUAUAAAAACUCAUGAAAAGGUUUACACACAAAAUGAAACAAUCUUUGAUGGUUACAAGGGUUGGGGAUAGAAAAACAUGAAAUAGACAAUAGAUAAGUGGUAACUUUGGUGAAUGGUAAAACAGUACACAAUACUGGGGAAGCCAGCACAACUUGUACAAGACAGGGUCAUGGAAGCUCCAUAGACACAUCCAAACUCCCUAAGGAACUGAAUUGUUGGGCUGAGGGCUGUAGGGACCAUGGUCUCGGGGAACAUCUAGCUCAAUCGGCAUAACAUAGUUUAUAAAGGAAAUGUUCUACAUUCUGCUUUGCUGAGUAGUGCCUGGGGUCUUAAAAGCCUGUGAGUGGCCAUCUAUGAUACUCCACUGGUCUCACGCCUUUGGGAGCAAGGAAGAAUGAAGAAAACUAAAGAUACAGGGAAAGAUUAGUCCAAAGGUUUAAUAGGCCACAACUACCACGGCCUCCACCAGAAUGAGUCCAGUACAAAUAGAUGGUGCCCAGCUGCCACCACUGACUGCUCUGACAGGGAUCACAAUAGAGGGUCCCAGACAGAGCUGGAGAAAAUCGUAGAACAAAAUUGUAACUUAUAAAAAAAGACCAGACUUACUGGCCUGACAGAGACUGGAGAAACCCCAAGAGUAUGGCCCCCAGACACCCUUUUAGUUCAGUAAGGAAGUCACUCCUGAGGUUCACUCUUCAGCCAAAAAUUAGGCCCAUAAAACAAAACAAGACUAAAGGGACACACCAGCCCAGGGGCAAGACUAGAAGGCAGGAGGGGAUAGGAAAGCUAGCAAUAGGGAACCCUGUGCCGAGAAGGAAGAGCGUUGACAUGUCACGGAGUUGUUAACCAAUGUCAUAAAACAAUAUGUGUACUGUUAAUGAGAAGCUAGUUCUGUAAACCUUCAUCUAAAGUACAAUGAAUAAAUAAAUAAACAACACAGGGCAACCUAGAAAUUGAAGGACAAGGCUCAAUAAAUCUUUCUGAGACAACCCCUAAGUCAUGACCCCUGUCCCUAAGUCCAAAAAAAAAAGACCCCUGGCCCAGAUGGCUUCACCGGAGAAUUCUACCAUUCAGGGAGGACUUGUACCAGUAUUACUCAAACUAUUUCAGAAUUUAGAAAAGGAAAGGAUACUAUUGAAUUCAUUCUAUGAAGCCAGCAUAACCCUGAUACGAAAACAAGACAAAGACACCACAAAAAAAAAUUACAGACCAACAUCACCCAUGAGUAUAGAUGCAAAAA